AAUAUAUAAAGAAGAGAGGGGAAGGUUUGUUCAUGGAUGCAUAGAGUAGAAAGGCUACAAAUUUUAGAGAAUAUGGAAAAAUAUAUUCAGAGAGAUGCAUAGAGUAAAAAUGAAAAAUCUUUUAGAGAAUUUGAAAAAGAAUAUAUUGAGAGAGAGAGAGUAAUGGUGGAAAGCAAGACACAAGGGUAGAACUUAGAAGAGAAUAAUACAAAAGGAAAAAGAAAUUUGAGACUACAUAGCUGCAAAUAGUAAACAAGCCCAGAGAGAGGAGCUUUUUAGAACUAAAAACUGAACAAAUGUAUUUAGAGAGGAGAGAGAUGGAACUAAAAACUAAAAACUCAAAAAAAUGGAACGGUUGCAAGGUUGAGUAUGGGGGAUAAGGAGGAGGAUGUAGCUAAAACAAAAGAGAAAGAAUAGGGUGAAACCCAUAUGUUUUGGUGAAAUGGGCGUUGGGAGAUAAAUUUCAUGGCAUGCCAAGAAAGAUGGGGAGGGGGGGGGGGGUUUGAUAAAUCUUGAAGGAAGCCGUACAUUUAAUUUAUUUCUCUUGCUUUUGUAGGAAAAAGAAAUCGUUUUUCUUCAAUCUCUGAUCCUCCAAACUAGCUUAUUUUGUCUUUUCGUUUCUAUAAAAUACAUAUGCAGUUUCAAUUACAGGUUAAUGGGGCGGUAGAACUCCCGGGUUUUGGUUCGAUUUGUCAACAAGACAAGUGGAUAAAGCAACAAGAAGGUGUUGCAAACGGCUUCUACUACAACAACGAACAAGAACCAACUUCUGUUCUUCAUAUGAGAAGAAGCCAAAGCCCACCCACAUCAGCAUCCACUCUCGCAUCGUCUUUCAACGGUGGAGCCGGUGGAGGUAAUUCCACCGAAAACACCACCAACACGGAGGCCACCAUAGCACCGCCUAACGACAAAGAAGAAUGGGCCACGGAGCUUCGGCAGAUCCCGAGUGAAAUAGACCUUGUUCCAGAGCAUGAAGGUACUCAAAGAUGCAACAUCGGAUUGGGAGAUUGGGAGACUCUGCUGUCUGAAUCAGCCGUUUCACCUAGUCAAGACCACUCGCUUCUGCGUUGGAUUGCUGGUGACGCAGAUGACCAUUCCUUUGGCAUCAAACAGCUGCUCCAGAGUGGGAGUACUGGUCCUAAUCAGGGUCAUGAUUUUGAAGGCAAUGCAGGGUCGUGGGUUGUUGACCCAUGUCCAGGGUUUGACCCAAUUGGUAGCCUUGCUACUUCCGGUAAUGUGUUAUCAAGCGCUGCUCCUAUUUUGGGUGGUUUUCCUGAUUCUGGGUUUGUGCCAAAUCCCAACAAUAAUGAGAAUGGGAAGGUUGGUGUAGCGACGCCAAGUUGUUCUUCAGUUGAGGGGGUUAAUAAUCACGAAGUUCUUGGUGCUACUGUUGGGUUGGAUAUUAAUAUUCAAGAUAUAAUGUCUACUUCUCCAGCUAACAAUAUUGGUCUUCCUGUUACUUUGCCUACGCUUUAUCAACUGCAGCAGCAGGACCUUGAGAAGCCUCAGAUUUUGAUGGGCCAGCAACGGCAUCAACAGCGUCCUCAAAAUCCAAACUUUUCCUUUCCAUUACCUCGAGAACAGGACCUCCUUGAGCCCUUGCCAAAGCGUCUCAAUGCGGGUAACUUGGAAUUUUCUUCUCAGAUCCCAAAACUCGCCGGGCAUGAGUUGUUUACCAGAAAGCAGCUGCAACAGCAUAUGGUGGCAGAAGAGGAAGUGUUGGAGCUGCUUCACAAGGCUGCAGAGUUGGUAGGGACUGGGAAUUUUGCACACGCGCGUGGGAUAUUGGCGCGGCUCAAUCACCAACUAUCUCCAGUUGGUAAGCCCUUUCAAAGGGCUGCUUUCUACAUCAGGAAGGCUUUACAAUUACUUAUCACGAAUAACUCAGUCUCUCCCCCACCUCCGAAAAGCCCCACCAGUUUUGACGUUAUCUUCAAACUGGUAGCUUACAAGGUCUUCUCUGAAGUCUCUCCGUUUAUCCAAUUUGUAAAUUUUACCUCCAACCAGGCUCUGCUUGAAGCCCUUGAUGAUGCUGAACGAAUUCACAUUAUGGACUUCGAUAUUGGAUGUGGUGCUCAGUGGGCAUCCUUUAUGCAGGAGCUUCCCAUGAGGAUUAGAGGAGUUCGUUCAUUGAGAAUUACUGCCUUUGCCUCACCCUUGACCCACCAUCCUAUUGAGCUUGGGCUUAUGCGUGAAAGUCUUAUGCUAUUUGCUAAUGAGAUUGGUUUGAGUUUUGAGCUUGUGGUGCUUAACUUUGAUUCUUUAGAUCAAGCCCCUUACUCUUUGCCCUUGUUUCGAACAAACCAAAAUGAGGCAGUGGCUGUGAAUUUCCCAGUUUGGUCUUCUUCGAAUCAGCCAUCUGCUUUGCCCAAUCUUCUGCGCUUUGUGAAGCAGCUUUCCCCAAAAAUUGUGGUGUCUUUAGACGGAGGGUGGGAUAGAAAUGAUCUGCCAUUCCCAGAGCUUGUAACCUGUGCUUUUCAGUCAUAUAAAAACAUAUUUGAAUCACUUGAUGCUGGUAAUGUGACUUCUGAUGUUGUAAACAAGAUUGAAAGGUUCCUUAUUGUGCCAAGAAUUGAAAGCACUGUGUUGGGGCGACUGCGAGCACCUGAGAAUAUGCCUCUUUGGAAGACACUUCUAUGCUCGUCUGGGUUCACCCCUGUAACAUUCAGCAACUUCACCAAAACUCAGGCAGAUUGUGUUGUAAAGAGAGCUCAAGUAAGAGGGUUUCAUGUGGAGAAGCGUCAGCCUUCACUUGUGCUUUGCUGGCAGCAGAGGGAACUUAUCUCAGCUUCAGCUUGGAGGUGCUGAAGAGCAGAGCAUUGAACAGGCAGCGGAGGUUUGUUGUUGUAGCAACUCACUCUCUAUCAACUCUAUCCUCAAGUACCAAGCUUUUAUGACUGAUUGCUUGUGAAUAUCCUCUGCUUGUUGACAGUCUAGUAUGUUUUAGACACACUGAUCUUGUUGCUAUGCAUUCUGGUGUUCUUUUAGUGAGAAUCUGUAUUUUGUUCUGGUUAAGGUGGUGAUGUUAUGUUGUAUUUUUUACAACAAAUGAGAGCUAAAAUUUCAAA